AUUGUGAAUAAAAUAUAUGAUAGAUAUAUGACAAUGCUAGGCAAAUUCGAUAUACAUCAAAAUUUCAACAAAAUUAAUAGAAAAAAUUUGAAUAAGAAAAUUUCUGAAUGCUAGGACGUCACAAUUGUAAUUAUCAUAUUUGAUUUCUUACAAUAAAUUCAAAUUUAAAUUUUCGAAGCAAGGUUCUAAGAUACAUGAAAACCGGUCAUGUUACUUAAGUGGAUUGUACCGAUCGUACCCAUAUAUAUUCGGCAAGAAAUUCCAGAUGACGUUACUAAUGCCUGUGACCAGUGUGAUCUGUGCUGAUCUGUGCAGUGUGAUAUGUGACUUCGCACAGAUUUAACUUCAUACGCAAUUAAACAAUUAUCUUAAUGCAACAAUUAAACUAAUUAUAAAAGAACAUAAAUAUGGCGGGAGGAAAAAAUAGUCAGACUGGAUUUCAGCCGGAUUCCGAUGUUCAUAUCACUUACGAGGAGCAACAAAAGAUUAAUAAAUUUGCCAGACAAAAUGCGAAGCUGGAAGAUUAUAAAGAAGAACUUAGAAUAAAACAGAACGAAUUGAAGAAUUUGGAGGAUGCUUCUGAUGAAUUGGCCCUUAUGGACGAUGAUGCAAAAAUACCGUAUUUUAUUGGAGAAGUAUUCAUCUACCAUUGUCUUGAAAAGACACAGAAUUCUUUGGAGGAUGCUAAAAAUAAGAAGAAAGAAGAAAUUGUGAGAUUAGAAAGCAAAUGCACAGAUUUGAAGAGUGUCAUGUCUGAAUUAAAAACACAAUUAUAUGCGAAAUUUGGUAGCCGUAUAAAUUUAGAAUCUGAAGAAUCAGAUUAAUAUUUCUCUUAAUGCAUUUAUUAUUAUUUACUAUAUUUAAUAUAGGAAGUAUUACUUUAUUAAUAUUCCUAUUUGCAAUUCUAUUUAAAUUAUAAUUUAUAAUUUUUGAUUUAUAAUUUGUAAAUUACAAAUUAUAAUUUAUAUACAAUUAUUAUGUUACUACAUGUGUUUAUGAUGCAAAUACUUUUAAGAAACUUAAUGUAAUAUAAAAUAAAUUUUAUCAAAUACUUUCUGCAAAUAUAAUAAUAAAGCUUU